AUGGCCAACAGUCAGCACCCCUCACCCCUUCCUCCACCACAAGCUCCUGCACCACUGCAGGAUCUGUUCUACAACUCUAUGAUGAUGCAACCGCCUUGGAUGCAGCAAAAUUCCCCUGAUUUUGGUAUGAUGGGCGCCGAUCAUUUCCCAGCUGGAUUUCUGGGAGAAUUGACUCUAGGCAUGGUUGGAGUGGCUGACAAGUCACUAUGGGGUGCACCGUCUGCGCCCAAUGCACAUCUGCCUUCUCAGACUACUUUUAAUUUUCCCAGUUCAUCUGGUCAAUCCAUGAUGCCUCGUGGGUGUUCACUUGACCCUGCAGGCCAACGCUCUCCUGGUGUCACUGCAGGAAUUUUCUGGGCAGAGUUCAGCGUUCAUGUCUUGUACCAUCCCCUCUACCAGCUACAAAUGUCAUUCCACCCACCCCACUCAAGGAGAGUGGUAUUAGUCCCAAACACACUUCAACCAGCGCCACUAAUGCUCCUCCUUCCUUUGACGAGAGAUCCCAGUUUGAUGUUGGACGCAGGGUACUAUAAUACGCCUAUGACCUCCCACAAUCGAUUCCCUGAAGAGAGCGAGCCGAUCACCCACCAAGGGGAGCACGUUGUAACCGGUCGCAGGUCAGAUGAUAUGAAUGCAGCACUCGAGGUCGGGUUUGGAGACAUCGAGUGUGGCUUCCUCGAGCUCUCGACAUCCACCACUCUCCCCAUGAACCAGCUAAUCAAUCUAUUUCUGAAGACUCGAGGACGCACUGUGAAUGGCACCAACUAUUGGAACCUUUAUGCCAAUUAUUUCAAGGAUCACGGGCAGCAGGAGCUCGCACGUAUUAGUAAACAGGUGCCUGACAGUGGUGGCACUGCCAAGCAUGAAGAAGCAUCUCUCUUUGGAUCGUCUCCCCAAACUAUAGCUCAGCGCGCACAGGCAUUCCAAAAACACUACCGAAUAAUGCUACAUCCCUAUCCUGUGGUUGAAGAAGCGUUUCCAGACAUUGAUGACCAUAGAUCGGCUGUGAUUGCAUCUCAGAAACCUGUUAUCGAAGGUGAAGCACCUCCGCCUGAAUGGUUGCAUGCUGGUGCCCGACGAAUGUUCAUUAAUGGCAACACUGAUUAUGACGGUCUUCCUCGCAUCAAGUUCAGCGCUGCAACCACGAAAGUCAGGAAGGACGAGCCAGCUGGAACUUCAAUGCUCAAGCCCCUACCUCGAGCGAUGGCCCAAAAGCCCAACUCCAACAUGCGUCUUGAAGUUGUCCCUCCGCCAUCACGCCCUUUCAAGGUUGUUCCCAGGCCAAUUGCAACUCCAAGGGAUGUGAUUGAACUUACAUCUGCCAAAGAGAACCUCCUGGAAGAGCCCGGGACUGAGUAUGAAGAAACAGAGCAUGGAAAGAAGAGGAAGAUUAAGCUGAACAUAAUCAAGCAGUGCGCCUUCGAGAUGGACCUUCUGAGGAACCCAAGAAAGAACGUGUUAAACCACUGUCCGGUCACCAAGGGUACUGGGGUUGUGAUGAAUUGUGGUCUUCGUAUGGUGUAUGGGAACUCAGACUCUGAAUCUGAGGUCAACAGCAGCAAGACGAUGGACCCUGCCACUGGAAUGGGUAGUACCAUUCCUGAGGGCUCUGGUACUACUGCCGAUGUCCAAGCCGAUGUCUCGGAGGAAGACUCCGCACAGGUGACGGAGCAGGAAGCAUUAGUUCCGGCCACCUUGUUGAAUGCAGUGGCCCCCACCAUUCCAAACCAGCAGCCACUUAGCGAUGUCCCUCAUGCCCACAAUACCUCUAACGACAACAAUGCCCCUCGUGAGGACCCUUUGUACGACUCUCGUGACCUCCACCAUGAUGACGACAUUUGUGGGAUACUGCUCAGUAUGAUUCUCGUUACGCUACACACGGCAAUUCUCGCGAGGGUCUACACCGGAUCAGUUAUGGAUCUGCUGGCACUCGUGCAGAAAUUGAGUUGGGUGCUCAUCAUGACAGCUCACCUGUUCCAGGAUUUCACAAUAACUAUGGUCCCACUGAGCGUGAUCGUCCCCAUCCAAGCCAAUAUAGUCCUGUUGUCGACUCAAGCUAUACACAUGAAGGUGGAUACCCCCGACGCGAUGACCUUGAAGAGCGCGGGGAUUCACUAUCCCCCUAUCACAAUCGUCAGGUUGGUGGGGGCAAUUAUCGCAUUGAAUCGUGAUUUGCCCAACCCCCUGAGGCCUCCUCCUGCCAGUUAA